AUGGAUUUAACUCCCGCCAUUCAUCCUAAUCACCAGAAGCUCAUUGAUCGCGCUAGAGAAUUCUUUACUGAAGUCGAAGACUUAACACCAGGCAAAGACCUUGAAGCCAAGCUGAACCGAGACUAUGGCCCUGGGAAUCCAUACUACGACGAUUUCUGUUUCUUGAUACGACAAGCUCUUGCAAAUAACGAGGGUUGGGUUGCAACUGAUGAGAUAGAUGGCUCAAAGUACCGCCGUACCAGAAUUAGCACUCCGUCUGAGUCGAACCGCUUCUUCAGUAUUACGACCGUUUACAUGGAAAGCGAUAAAGAAUACCGGGGCCAAUAUCACCUUCAUCCUUACGGAGAAAUCAAUUGUGUCGUCCAAUUAGAUUCAUCGGCCGAGUUAAAGGGAAUGUCAGGGUGGCAAGGCGCUGGCUGGACGUCUCCAGGGCCCGGUACUCAUCAUUAUCCUGAGGUCCGCGGAGGCGCUCUGGUAGCACUUUUUUUCCUACCGGCCGGCCGGAUAUCGUACAAAUUGGUAAAGCCGGGAGAUCCGCAGCCAAUAGCUAUUUAA